CAUAUUUCUAAGGAUGAUAAUGUAGAGAAGGAAAUAGAUCUAUUUUUUGGAAACGAAAAUUUUAAGAACGAGAAUGGAAUUAUGAUAAUUAAGGAAAGUAUAUUGGGAGUAGAUGGUUUGAUGAGAUUAAGAGAAUAUUUGAAUGAUUAUGGAUUUCGCAUAUUGGAAGAAAAGUUGGUUAGUAUGAGGAAGGAUGAAAUAAAAAGUAUAUAUGAUAUGAAUGGUAUAAAUUAUUUAAAUGAUCAUUCAAGAUUGCAAGAAAAUAUAGGUAAUAAUAAUUUGAUAGAGGAAAGUAAGUUUAUAAUUAUACUAUUGUCACGUAUUAAUUGUCACACAUGUUUGCAUUACUUAAAAUAUUUGGAUAUUAUUAAUAAAUGUGAAAAUAAGAAAUGGAAUAAUGUUAAAUUUUCAUUUGCUAUAAAUAAUUGUGAUAAAGACAAAUUUUGCAUUGAAAAAAAGAGUGAAGACGUUAUAUAUGUGUAUGAUGUAAAAAAGGUGAAUGAAUUAAUAAAGAAAUAUUUUAUUUUUGAAAGAUAUAAUGAUAAGAUUACAAUUGAUAUGAUAAAGAAUUUUUUAUUUUGUAAAAAUGUUACAAAUAAAAUAUAUAAAGAUGAAGGGAAUAUAAAAUUAAGCAAUGUGCUUAUGGAAGGUUUAAGCAAAAUAUGUGAAAAGAAGCCUAUGAAUAAUUCAGCUGUUUUUUGGUUAUGUAAAUGGAUUAAACAAAGAGAAAAAGAAAUUAAAAAUGAUAUUAAGAUAGAAGAGGAAUUAAAAAGGAAAGAAGAUAUUUUGAAUUUAGAAAAGAAGAAGAAAAAAGGUAUGAAUAGAAGUGAUACUAUUGAAGUCAAUAAUUUUAAUAAAUCAUUAAAGUUAUGUGAUGAUGAUAAGUUGUUAAAUGUUUAUAAAAAUAAGGAAAUUAUAAUUAUUCCAGACAUAAAAGAAGACAAUGUUGAUUUCUUAGAUGAAAAAGAUAAUUAUGUGGAAAGAGCCAAGUCGGAAAUUAUAAAAUAUUUUGAAAAAUUAAAUUAUGUACAUUUAAAUUUUGAUGAACUCUGUACAAAAGAAGAAAAGAAAAAUUCUCUUUUGGGAAAAAAAAUUGAAUAUACCAAAAGGAAGUAUAAACAACUAACAGCUGAUUUAAUAAAACGUAUAUUAAAAGAAAAUUUAGAGAGGAAUAAAUUAUAUUACAAAUUUAUAUUGACAGGAUUUUCAAAUAUUAUUGAUACGUCUUAUUUGUCCAAGGAUGAUAUAAUACAAUGUUCCUUUUGUUUGAUAAUAAAAAGGGAGGAAGAAG